AUGAAGGUCGUCGUCGUCGGCGACGGCGCGGUCGGGAAGACGUCCAUGCUGUUGUGUUACACCACGAACACGUUCCCCACGGACUACAUGGCGACCGUGUUCGACAACUACGCGGUGAACGUGCAGUACGGGGAGAAGACUAUCAACCUGGGGCUCUGGGACACGGCGGGACAGGACGAGUACGCGCAGUACCGCCCGCUGUCGUACCACGAGGCGGACGGGUUCAUCCUCGCCUUCUCCCUCAUCGACCGCGCGUCGUUCGAGAACGUGUCUCAGACGUGGAUCAAAGAGCUCCGCGCCAAGGCCCCGGGCGCGCCCAUCACGCUCGUCGGCACCAAGCUCGACUUGAGAGGCUCCGCGAGCGGCGUCGAUCGCGGCGGUGCGCGGCACGUGACGACGGAGGAGGGGGAGGAGAUGCGGAGGAAGAUCGGCGCCGAGGCGUACGUAGAGUGCUCCGCGCUGACGCAGGAUAAUCUGAAGCGAGUGUUCGAGACGGCGAUCGACGUGCACAUGCGGCCGAAGGACGUCCCGGCGAAGAAAACCGGCGGGUGCGCGUGCGUCGUGUCGUGA